AACAGGGAUUGAGACAGUGUGAGGGUUUGUGGAGUGCCACAGUGCUGUAAUGAAUACUGUAGUGGAAGAAGUUCUUUCACACUCUUCAUCCUGGAGCUGCUUUAUGUCCAUGAUCUGCAUGGAAACACAUCUAUGGAGAGGAAAUCCAGCUGCUGAGGGUCACAUCUGCAUCAUUGUAGCUACAGUGGAUGUUUCAGUGUCAGGACUGAAGGUGGAGCUUUGUGUGUGUCAGGGUGAGGCCGCAGCAGCCGCCUCCAACCGGAGCGCUCGGGCGUGAAACUAGGAGGAAAGCCGACGUCCUCCUCUUGUGAUCUGUGGCCGGCCGGACUUCAUUCCACAGAUGUGCUUUAACAAAGUGUGAAGCUGAACUCUGAGCUGUGACAGUGUGAGCAGUGUGAGAGUGUCAGUAGAUGAUCAGCAGAGGAAAGUGAGAGCUGCUGUGAGCUGAUGUCCUGAAGGGCUUUUAAAGAGUCUCUGAGUUUGACAGGAACAUGAAGAUGUUUGUGGUGUUUGUGAUCCUCCUGCACGUUUCCCAGCAUGCCUCGCCUGUGGAACUUUAUGUGGGAGAGCCAUUUGUCUUGCUGCCCUGCGAUUUUCCCACUUUUGAACUGGACAGCCCCACAGUGGUGUGGAGUCGCUCCGACCUCAGUCCUCCAACCGUCCACCAGCAUCAGCCUCAAGGAGACGAACUGAAAGAUCAAAACCAGCGUUACAGCGGCCGAACAUCUAUGAAGACUGACGCUCUGGAAACUGGAGACCUCAACCUCACUUUGACUGACCUCCAACUGUCUGACAGUGGCACCUACACCUGCUCCGUUACAGACCUUAAAUAUGGCAACCAGAAACUGAGAGAUGUACAGCUGCAGGUCAAAGAAUGGUUUCCAUCCUGGCUCAAAGCUCUCAUAGUUAUUCUGGUCAUUGUUCUCAUCACUUCUGGAGGUCUUUUAUUUUAUUUCCGCCAGUAUUUCAUGUCAGUUAACAAGGUGGAGGUGGAUUCAGGGGUGGAGUCUGUCCAGCUGCCCUGCAAAACCAUGGUUUGCCUGCCUAAAUACGCUAAAGUGGAGUGGAAGGACAAAAAUAAGAGAAAGGUCCACGUGUAUGAGAACGGCUCUGACCAGCCUAGAGAACAGCAUGACGAUUUUAAAGGCCGAACAAAGAUGAAGAGAAACUUACUGGAACCUGGAGACCUCAGUCUGACCCUGAAACACCCCACUGAUGGAGACAACUCCACCUACACAUGCACCGUCUACAGCAGGGAGGGAAACAUCCUGUCGGAGAAACAAGUGGAGCUGAAAGUCAAAGGUCAGUGCUGUAGAUACAGGUCAAAGGUCAGAGGUCAGACUCAUGAUGGUGGUUCAGUCUCAGUGGGCUCCAUCCAAUAAUGUUACAGUGUUAGCAUGUCUGAUGUUUGUGGCUGUUUUGGUUUUUAUUUGAUUUCCAGCCAAAUGUAAAAGCUUCAGCAGAUGAACUGUAGGAGCAAAGUUCAUGUGUGAGACUUCAUCUGAAAGGUAACAUCUUCUAGUUUCUGAACAUGUGUUUGUUUAGCAUGUGGCUAAAACACAGGCUAAGCUAAGUCAGUUCAAAUAUCAGGAAAAACCUU